AAAAAUGCGUAGUGAUUCUGGCAAAGUCACUUCUCCUGGUCUUCUGAACAGAACUGCUGCCUUUCACAAAAACCGUCGUCCAGCAUGAAAACUGCCAUUGCAUUAGUGUUUGUUGCUCUUGCUGCUGUACCCUGUGUCUCUGCCCAAGGAAGUUUGGUUUCUCUCUACCGUUACUGGCGUUCCACAGGAGGGGAUCACUUCUACACCACUAACGUCAAUGAGAUUGGUACUUCUACACCCGGCGUAGUAGGAAAACAUGGGUACAAAUCGGAAGGGGUCCAGUGCCUCAUUUACAGCAAGCCAGUAGCGGGUAGCGUCGCACUCUAUCGCUACUUUCUUGGUGGUCCUCCUCUUGACCAUUUCUACACAACCAAUUCUGCCGAGAUUGGAACCACGAAUCCUGGGACGACUGGAAAGUACGGCUAUCGCAGUGAAGGGAUAGUUGGCUACUGUUUCCCCAAUCAGAAGCCUGGGACAAUUCCCCUCUACCGCUACUACAAUGGUCACAACGUGGAUCACUUCUACACCACCAAUGCUGCAGAGAUUGGCACUACCACUCCAGGUUCCGUGGGGAAAUAUGGCUACACUUUUGAAAAAAUCCAAUGCUACGUUUUACCAUACUACGGAUGAUGGUGUGGCAAGCAAAGGAAAACUGACAUCUAGAUCUAUAGUGUAGCAGCAGGACACUUGUAGCUAGUGUAUCCAUGCAUACUUUGUAUAUAAAAUGAGUGGUAGCUGAACGAAUUAUUUUGUUAGCACUAUGGGACUAACUUAGGGCCUGGUUGAUACAAGCCCUUGCACUGACAGUGCAAGACUACACCUCGUUUCAGAUAAUGUCUUGUGUGAGUGCAAAUAGUUGAGGUGUAUGGGAUUUUCUU